AUGAGUAACUCCAAGCAGUUCACACACAAUUUAGCCCCUCAUCAGACCCGCAAGACCUCAUCUUCGUCGUCCAAGAUGCUGCCGUCCAUCGUCCCCCGCAUCCAACAGAAGGUCCUUGAGCAGCAGAUCGUGGCCAACAGCCCUAAGCUCACGGCCAUGGUGAGCCACCCGGCGGGUCCCUUCACUGUUCACUUCUGGGCGCCUACCAUCAAGUGGGCCAUCUCGCUGGCCAACGUCGCCGACAUGCGUCGCUCGCCUGAGACCAUUUCGGUGGCUCAACAGACGGCAGUCACUGGCACGGGCGUGAUCUGGUCUCGCUAUAGUAUGGUAAUUACCCCCAAGAACUGGAACCUCUUCGCCGUGAACGUCUUCAUGGCCGGCACGGGCCUCGUACAGUUCUACCGCAAGUUCACGUACGACCCCGAGAAGGUCGAGGAGGCUGCUAAGUCCAGUUAA